UUUAUAAGUUGGAUCAUUAGGCAUCUUUCAAAAAAUAGUAUGACAGACAAUUUUAGGUAUUAUGUAGCUAAGCUUGCUAAGAUAAAGAAACUGGCAAUGUGCUCUCAAUAAUAUUAUGUGGGGAUAAUGUUGGUGUAGUGGCCCCUCAACAAAAUUAUUGUACCAAAAGAUUUCAGUUAUCUUAGUACACGAGAGGGAUUGAUCACCUACAAAGCAAACAAAAUAAUAAGUAAACAAACAUGUGAGGAACAAAAGAGGACCUGUGCUUGAGGGGUUGCUUUUAAACAUUCACCACAUCCUUUUAUUUGGCAUCUUAAUCUAUAGCUACUCUCUUCUUCUUCUACCAUUUAACACUUGUUUACAACAUGGUGGAGACAUGGUCAAGAUAAAGAAGAGGAAGAGGAAGAAGAACAAGGAAGAGAAAAGAAGCAAGCCUCUGGAGCCACAGGAAUGUUGGGGGUUGAUCAUGAAACUUCACCACCAUCUGCUGCCAUAAAGAAAGAGCUGCUCUCCACUACCAUGAAGAGAACCAGUGAAUGGUCCUGUUUCUUUUCCUUGAUACUAUCCCAGGAGGUCCCCAGUGAUAUCACAGUCCAUGCUGGAGGAGCCACUUUCGCCUUACACAAGUUCCCUCUGAUCUCCAAGUGUGGUUACAUAAGGAGGUUAGUGUCUGAGGCCAAUGACUCAAACAUCUCACUAAUCGAAAUCCCAGAUGUUCCUGGCGGUGCUGAAGCAUUCGGAUUUGCGGCAAAGUUUUGUUAUGGGAUAAAUUUUGAGAUCACAACCGAGAACAUUGCCAUGCUUCGAUGUGUUGCAGAGUACUUAGAAAUGACAGAGGACUAUGUAGUUGGAAACCUUGUGAGCAGAACAGAGAUCUUCUUGGAGGAAGUAGCAUUGAUGAGCCUUCCAGAUGCAGUCACUGUCUUACACAAAUCGGAGGAACUACUUCCCAUGGCCGAGAAGGUAAAAUUAGUAAGCAGGUGCAUCGAUGCGGUAGCAUAUAUAGCCUGCAAGGAUAGCCAUAUAUGUAUACCCUCAGGGACUGAAAACAGCCAUGGCAGCUUGUAUUCAGGAUUACAACCAAAGGCAAUCUUGGAUUGGUGGGCAGAGGAGUUGACAGUUUUGAGGAUUGAUACCUUUCAAAGAGUUCUCAUGGCAAUGAAAGCUAGGGGCUUUAAAGAGUAUGCUCUUGGACCAGUAAUUAUGCUCUAUGCACAGAAGUCUCUGCGAGGUUUGGACAUAUUUGGAAGGAGGAAGAAGAAAAUUGAGCCAAGAAAAGAGAAUGAGAAAAGGGUAGUGCUGGAGACAGUUGUUAGCCUUUUGCCAGGAGAAAGGAAUGCAAUGUCGGUCAGCUUUCUCUCAAUGCUUCUAAGAGCAGCAAUAUAUCUCGAGACAACAGUGGCUUGCCGGCUUGAUCUAGAGAAGAGAAUGGGCUUGCAAUUAGAACAUGCAGUAUUGGAUGAUCUAUUGAUUCCUUCAUUUUCCUACAAUGCUGAUACAAAGUUUGAUGUUGAUACAGUUCGAAGGAUCUUUAUGAACUACCUUGAACAUAAGGUAGAUGGAAGCCGCUUUAGUUAUACCAUGGAUGAUGGCCAUGUUUCUUCACUGCCUGGUGACAUAGAGAGGGUCGGUAGGCUUAUGGAGAGCUACCUUGCAGAGAUUGCUUCUGAUCACAACUUGACCAUUGCAAGGUUUAUAAGCCUUGCCGACCUUAUUCCAGAACAAUCAAGGGUCAUUGAAGAUGGAAUGUACAGAGCAAUUGAUAUAUACUUGAAGUCUCAUCCAUCUUUGAGCGACAUGGAAAGGAGAAAAAUUUGCAGCUUGAUGGACAGCCAGAAGCUCUCAAGAGAGGCCUGUGCCCAUGUAGCUCGGAAUGAUAGGCUUCCGGUGCCGAUCGUUGUUCAGGUGCUUUAUUAUGAGCAGCAACGCCUUAGAGAUGUUACGAGUGGAAACUUGAUUGGUGGAGAAUCUCCUGCUUUAUCCCAGAAAGCAACUUCAUAUGGUAUUGGAUAUCACAAUGCCCCAGAUGAGCUUUCGCGCUUGCGAAGAGAAAAUGAUGACCUGAAACUGGAAUUGGUCAGAUUGCGAAUGCAGUUAAAAGAAAUUGAAAAAUCUUCAGGAAAUAUAGCUGCUGCAGACAAGCCUCCAUUACCAAAGAAGUCGUUCAUUCAUUCUAUAUCGAACAAGCUUGGGCACCUUUUCGCCUUCAUGCAUUCUGACACUGUAAAACUUCUCUCUGACAAAACCAGGAGAAAGCCACCCAAAGUCCUGAGGCAUUCAAUCUCUUGAUACAUGAUUCUGGUUAAAAGUGAAUAUGUUGCACUUCUUUAAAUUAGGGGCUUCACUUUUUGUCUCUUCCUUCAUGUAAAUAUGAUACAAGUUGUCUUUUAAAUGAGUUUCAGUAACUUUGAUCUUUAUCUA